CAGGACAACCCGCCAGCCGCCGAUCCCAGCCGGGCCCGCCCCUCCGCCCCGCCCCGCUCCCAGCGCCCCCCGCGGCAAGAUGGCGGCGCCCACGCUGUGGCGGCGGUGCGGCCGUACGAUGGGGCUUUGGGGCGGCCGGCGCCGGGCCCCGCUCCCGCUCCCGCUCCGGCGGCGAGCCCACGAGCAGCCGCGGCGCGCCCGCGGGCUGCUGGCGACGCAGUGCGAGCGCGGCCUCUUCCAGGAGGUGUUCCCGGCGCCCAGCGCGGAGGAGCAGCUGCCGGGGCUGCUGGAGCCGGGCCGCCCGCCCCUCGCCGCCUACUGCGGCUUCGACCCCACCGCCGACUCGCUGCACGUCGGGCACCUGCUGCCCGUCAUGGCGCUGCUCCACUUCCAGCGCGCCGGCCACGACGUCAUCGCCGUGGUGGGCGGGGCCACGGCGCGGCUGGGCGACCCGAGCGGGCGCGAGCGGGAGCGGGCGCCGCUGACGGCGGGGCGGGCGCGGGCGCAGGCGCGGGGGCUGCGCGCCGGCCUGCGGCGGCUGUUCGAGAACCACCGGGAGCUGUUUUGGGCGGGGGGCGGGCGGCUGGGGCGGGCGGAGCUGCUCGAUAACGCCCGGUGGCUGGGCCGGCAGCCGCUGCUCGCCUUCCUGGGCGGGGCGGGCGGGCGGCUGCGGAUGGGCGCGCUGCUGAGCCGGCAGAGCUGCCAGGCGCGGCUGCGCAGCCCUGAGGGCAUGAGCCUGGCCGAGUUCCUGUACCCGGCGCUGCAGGCCUACGACUUCCUCCACCUCCACCGGCGCCACGGCUGCCGCAUCCAGCUGGGGGGAGCCGACCAGAUGGGCAACAUCAUGUCCGGCUACGAGCUCGUCACCAAGAUGACGGGAACAGAUGUGUUUGGAAUUACCGUACCUCUUAUUACCAGUACCACUGGAGAUAAAUUGGGAAAGACUGCUGGCAAUGCAGUGUGGCUAAACAGAGAUAAGACUUCUCCAUUUGAGCUGUAUCAGUUUUUUGUCAGGCAACACGAUGACAUAGUUGAAAAGUACCUGAAACUCUUUACCUUCAUUCCUCUUGAAGAGAUUGACCACAUCAUGGAAAUGCAUGCUAAAGAACCUGAAAAAUGGGGCCCUCAGAAACGGCUUGCUGCAGAAGUAACCAAGCUUGUUCAUGGUAGAGAGGGACUAGAAUCUGCUAAGAGGUGCACUCAGGCCCUUUAUUACAGCAGGGUGGAGGCACUGGAAGCUAUGUCUGACCAAGAGCUACAGGAACUUUUUAGACAAGCUCCUUCAGCUGAAUUGAUGCUUGAACCUGGCACGACUGUUCUUGACCUGUGUCGCAAAGCAAAUGCCAUUCCAGAUGGACCUAGUGGGUACCAGAAAAUUACAAAUGGUGGAGUUUCCAUAAAUGGGAUUCGAGUAACUGACCCUGAGACUGUUCUUAUUCUUGGACAGCAUAUUCUCAAGAAUGGAGUAUCAUUGCUUAGGGUUGGAAAGAAGAAUUACUACAUUAUAAAAUGGCUGCAGUUGUGACAACAGAACAUCUCCCUAAAACAGUGAAUGUAUCAUUUUGACUCCGUUGCCUGAAGAUUUACUUGAAAGAUGUUUCUAUACUGUGCGUUACUACACAGCUCACAGACUGCCCAAUACCUUCGUUUCAGUCUCAAAAUAUACCAACAGAGUUCAAAUAAAGGCAGCUAAGUUAUAUCACUGAAGAGAUUUUUAGGUACUCUGCCUUAUUCAGAGCACCACUUGUAAGAGGAUAUGCACAAGAAGAUGAAAAGAUUAAUUUCAGAGUUCAAAGACAGACAUGCUCUUCCCCUCAACAACCUUCUGAGUUGUAGAGCAGUGGGCAGGUACUCUACAGCAUAAUCCACAGCAAGAUGAGCAGAAGUACAAUCGAAACCAGUACUUACUAGAGAGGAUGCUUGCUGCUGCCCAGUUUGACUUCAUUGUAACAGAGAAACCUGCGUAAGUGGGUAAGGACAACCAACCUACAAUCAGCAGGUUUUUUUCUGAACAGGUUUCUGUUGAAAGAAGCUGCAGAAGAUUCACAAUAAAUGAGUAGAAUGAUUAAGCCCUAA